AUGCGUGUCAUCGUUUUGUUGGAGAAGUGCCAGAUCUUUUUCCUUCUGGAACAAACUGAUUGCAAACGUAAAGAAGAUUAUUGUGAAAUCCCCAUCGAGACGCGAGAACGCCAAGCUCAACGGCAACUUCUUGUGCAACCGCUCGAACUGCACCAAGGUGAAGCAUCAGCUCAACUGCGACAGAACGUGUUCGUGUCGCUGGGCGACGACGUGUUCGGCGCGGAGUGCGCGCGCGCAGAAGCGCUGCACGAGGCCAAUGGCACGGAGCCCGGCCGCCCCAUCAACGCCACCGAGUUCUGGCCGCAGCUGCAGCCGCCCGACGACGUCGAGCCCACCGACGCCCCCGACCAGGCCUCCGUCACCGACAGCACCGGCAGCGGCGGCUCCGACACCACCUUCCCCAGCGGCGGCACCAUCGCCAGCAGCACCACCCCCAGCCCUGCGCCCCCCACCACCACCUCCCCGCCCACCACGGGCCCCGACGCGCUCGUCGUCACCUGCCGCGACGUCGUCGUGGAAGACGAUACCAUUCGCGGCGUGGACUGCCUGAACGGGUCGCUGGUGCCGCGCGGGCCGGGCGCGCGCCAGCUGCCCGACGCCUUCAACUUCACCACCUUCCGCGCGGUGUACGGGUGGGCGCGCGAGCACCGCCCGGCCGACCCGCACCUGCGCUACGCGCCGCCGCAGCCCGCGCUCACGCUCUACGCCAACAGCCGCCUGCAGAUCAACCUGGAGGCGUGCGUCAACACGCUGCAGGACGAGUGCAAGCGCUUCCUCGUCACGCACGGCAAGGACGGACGCAACGACACCGCGCCCUCGCAGUUCCCGUGCUUCUUCGACAAGAGCAACGGCUUCUUCGUGGUGGCGCGCUUCGACCUGGAGAAGACGCUGCGCGAGCUGGUGGUGGCGGUGGCGGUGCCGGCAGCGCUCUUCGUCGUGUCGUGGGUGUCGCUGUGCGUCAUCACGCGCUCCGUCAAGGUGGGCGACGACGCGCGCAUGCGCUGCCAGUACUGCGCGGGCGGCGCCGCCGCCGACCCCGAGGAGUGCGGGGCGCUGGCGCCGGCGGCGGGGGCGGGGGCGCGCGCCCGGAGGGCGGCGGACGCCGCGGGCGCCUCGCGCAGAGGACGCGAACGAACGAUGAGAACACGAGGGCGCCGCGGGCUGGACCCCGUGGAGCGCGCGGCGGCCGCCGAGGCGGGGCGGUGGCGGCGGCGGCGCGGGCGGCGGCGGCGGGCGGCGCCGACUACGGCGCGCACGGCCUGCAACGGCGACGACGAUGAGGAGACGGAGCUGGUGAUGGGGUGCCGGUGA